AUGGGUAUUUGUGAGGAGGUCUGGGUUCAUGAUAGAGCUUCUGUCAUCUAUGUUGUCAGGCUGUCAAGUAUGGAUUCGGGUGAGCGGAUUUAUGAGAGUAACAAUUACAGGAUGAAGCUGCAGUCUCAGGUAUGGAGAAAUUGGAGGGAAGGAACUCCUCUAGAUAUUAUAGAUCCCAUUUUGAGGAGUGGCUCAACAACAGAAAUGAUGAGAUGCAUCCAUAUUGGGUUACUAUGUGUUCAAGAAAAUGUAGCUGACAAGCCGACAAUGGCUUCAGUAGUACUGAUGCUAAGCAGCUCUUCCAUCACAUUGCAAAUACCUUCUGAACCAACAUUUUUAACGAGCUGCAGCACAUAUCAAUCAGGUAUGUCUUCUUCAAUGGGCUAUAAGUCAAGGGUGACUAAGUCCUUGCAGCCCGAACUUGAAGUUAUCCCUUUAUCGAAAAAUGAGGCUUCAAUUAGCGAAUUAUAUCCUAGAUAA